AUGUCCAUUCUGAAAUUCCUCAAGUUAAAACUCGGUCGCAAAGCUCCCACCACCAUGACUACCACGAAGAUCAAACUCGUUUCCAACCCCCGCUACCAGAAGUCGGGCACCAAGUCGUACGUGCAUAUGAUGCGCAAGUAUGGCUUCCAUCCGACCAAGGAAGGGCCCUAUUUCAUUGCCACUACGAUGCAGCAGACAGGCCGUCAGUACACGGACAAGCCAGUCGGCGGCCGCGUGCAUGCCCGCCAGGUGCUACAGAAGAAGAGUGUCGAUAGUGACCAAGUUGGAGAGGUCGGUGCCGACGAUGUCCAGAAUGAUUCGAUGUAUCUAGCAGAGGUGGGAAUUGGCACUCCAGCCCAGAACUUGAAUCUGGAUUUUGACACCGGCUCUGCGGAUCUUUGGGUCUGGUCCACUAAGUUGCCCUCUGCGACCCUGUCUCAAGGAAAGGACCAUACGAUCUUCGACUCGAGCAAGUCGAGUUCUUUCUCAAACAAGAGUGGAGAAACGUGGAAGAUUUCCUAUGGUGAUGGCUCUUCGGCGUCCGGUACCGUGGGAACUGACAAUGUCAACAUCGGAGGCGUGGUGGUGAAGAACCAAGCCAUCGAGUUGGCGGACAAAAUGUCUGCGCAGUUUACAAGUGGCGCAGGUGAUGGACUGCUGGGUCUUGCCUUUGGUAACAUCAACACGGUCCAACCAACGGCAGUAAAGACCCCCGUUGAGAACAUGAUCUCCCAGUCCGAUAUUCCCAAGUCGGCCGAGCUGUUCACCGCGAAGCUAGGUUCGUGGCGCGACGCUGAUGAGCCGGACAAGGGGGAGUCAUUCUAUACCUUUGGCUUUAUUGACCAGGACACGGUGAAGGACUCGGGCGAAGACAUUUACUACACUCCCGUCGACAAUAGCCAGGGCUUCUGGAUGUUUGACUCCACCUCGGCGACUGUGAAUGGCAAGUCCAUUUCUCGCUCUGGGAACACAGCCAUUGCCGAUACAGGCACUACUCUCGCCCUCGUAGACGACAGUACUUGCAAGGCGAUCUACGACGCAAUCGACGGAGCAUACUACGACAAUGACAGCCAGGGCUAUAUCUACCCCGAAAACACCACAGCCGACAAGCUCCCCGUGGUGUCUUUUGCUGUUGGUGAUAAGCAGUUUGUCAUUCAGAAAGAGGAUCUGGGCUUUGCACAAGCAAAGUCUGGAUAUAUUUAUGGUGGAAUUCAGAGCCGAGGCUCCAUGACUAUGGAUAUCUUGGGUGAUACCUUUUUGAAGGGUGUCUAUGCAGUCUUCGAUGUCGGAAAUAUGCGUUUUGGUGCGGUGCAGCGCAAGGAGCUUCACCAGAACCUUUCGACACCUUCGGAGUAG